CAAUGGAGGAGUGUUCCUCUUUCCCCACAUCCUUGCCAGCAUCUGCUGUCACCUGAAUGGGAGUGUACUUUCUUAAUGAAGGUGAGUCCACGCCCUCCUCUGGGGGGAGGCUUUCUAGAUUCCACAAGCUUUCCUCUUCCCAAAUUAGAAGAACAUACAGUCCCAGCCCAUGUAUUCUCCUGGACUGUGCUUCUCCCAUGGCUCCUGCAGUUUUUCCAGCCUCUCUUCCUCUCCGUGUGUGCCUGCUGUUGGCCUUUGGCUUGGCCCAGGCAGGCAGGCUGCUGGUGGUGCCCAUGGAUGGGAGCCACUGGUUCUCCAUGAAGAUGAUUGUGGAGCAAUUGAGCCACAGAGGGCAUGAGGUUGUGGUAGUCAUCCCAGAGGUGAGUUGGCACCUGGGGAAAUCACAGAAUUUUACAGUGAGAACCUACUCUGUUUCUUACACUCUGGAAGAUUUAAACCACCACUUCAAUUGUUUUGCUCACAAGCAAUGGAAAAAUCGAGAAGUGGGAAUGUUCUCACUACUGAAGCAUUCAGACAAAGGUUUCUUCGAAGUACUGUUUUCACACUGUAGGAGUUUGUUUAACGACAAGAAGUUAGUGGAGUACUUGAAGCAGAGAUCUUUUGAUGCUGUGUUUCUGGAUCCUUUCGAUGUGUGCGGCUUAACUGUAGCCAAGUACUUUUCUCUCCCGUCUGUGGUCUUCAGUGGCGGGAUAUUUUGUCACUAUCUUGAUGAGGGUGCCCAGUGCCCAAGUCCUCCUUCUUAUGUCCCCAGAAUUCUCUCAAAAUUCACAGACACCAUGACUUUCAAGGAGAGAGUGUGGAACCAUCUCUCCUACAUGAAGGAACGUGCAUUUUGCCCCUACUUUUUCAAAACUGCUAUAGGAAUUGCCUCUGAAGUUCUGCAGACCCCAGUGACUAUGACAGACCUCUUCAGCUCAGUGUCCAUUUGGAUGUUUCGCACUGACUUUGUGUUGGAGUUCCCCAGACCUGUGAUGCCCAACAUGGUCUACAUUGGCGGGAUCAACUGCCACCAGGGAAAGCCACUUUCCAAGGUACAUCAUCUUUCCUUAAGCAAGUGAAGAGAGUCGGCUUUGGAUGACGAAGCCAUUCAUUUGUUGUCGUUGGGUUUUGUUGUUGUCCUUCCAACAGAAUCGCAGUAGUGUGACUUUUCACCAUGCUUGUUGAUAUAUGGGUGUACCACUGACAUUCUCAUAAUCACCAGGAUGCAUUCAUCAUUGCUUUGGGAAAUAGAAGGAGAAACACAGUAAGAAAUGAAGCUACGGUUUGCUCAUUCCUGUUCUCUACCUCCCUUUAAAGAGCACUCUGGAGUUUUGUGUGCUUCCCAGGCUCAGGGAGGUAGUUCACAAAUAGUCCUCAGCUGUAAACAUCCAAAACUGAGUCCUUAAAACAAGAUGCAGCAUUAGCCUGGACAAAGGUGUCUUCACCGUCUCUUUUCACAUUCCAACAAUUGAUGGUCUUCACUAAAUGGUCUUCAGCAGAGGAAUAUUU